UGGCGAUGAAAAUUUCACGUUGGCUCCUUGGCUACUUUCUGGCUACUUUGAACUUCUAUUUUGGCGCAUUCACUAGCCAUUUUUUUUGCAAUUGCAUAUACAAUAGCAAGCAAGAACAAAGAAGAACAAUUAUUUUUAAAGCUUUGCUCUCCUCAUGGCUGUUCCGGUCGCCUUGACGCGUGCGCGUCCUGUACGCAUAUAUUCUCUCCGCCGGCGGUGCGCACAUAGAGACCAACUAGCAGACGCGGGUGCGCAGACGCACGGACUCUGGGUGAUGGGCGCACGUCGAAGCAAAGCCCGUGAGGACGUUGCGCGCCAUCUGGAGAAAAUAACGCUAAUUCUAGCGCACGGCGAAGCAAAGGCCGCAAGGACGCUGCGCUCCAUCUGGAGAAAAUAACACAAAUCUAGAGUACUUUCUCCGUUAGGGUCAUGCAUCCGAAACCAUGCGUUUAGGUGCAGCCGUGUGCACGGCAUGACACCAGAGAGGAACGAGCAGUACAGGUGAAAUAACACUUGUGUACCCCAAGGCGACAAAGCUUCUGUUUUUGUGCCUUCGGCUUGCCGACACCGGCGUCUACCAUGGGAAAAGACGCAAGAGCAAAGCGCACGUUUCGAGAAGAAUGGAGAAAGGACAAGAAACUGAGCGGAUGGAUUUCGUCACGUGACGGCGGAACGACUGCUCACUGCAAGUACUGCAAUUGCAACAUUCGACCCCACUACAGUGAUCUGUUGAAGCACGCAGAAACCAAAAAGCACCGCGAGUGCGCAGUAAUCCCAAGUUCGCAACAAAAACUGCCGCAGCUUCUAGCGUCUUCGAGUCGAACUUACUAUGAAAAGGCUCGCCGAGAGUUAAGGAUCGCCUUGUACACUGCAGUGCACACUUCCAUAAAUGCUGUCGACGAACUUGGUGAGAUUCUGCAUUCCGAAUUCAAUGAUUUUGAUCUGCACAGAACGAAGUGCACGGCUAUAAUUACGAAUGUUCUCUUCCCGUACUUCACGGAAAACAUGGACAAACAACUGAACGGCUCCAGCUAUUCUCUAAUGGUGGAUGAAUCAACCGAUGUAUCCACGACAAAGCAACUUUGCAUGGUUGUGCGGUUUCUGAGUUUAGAAGAAAACAGGAUUGCAACCACCCUUCUUGAUCUCGUAGAGCUGUCUGAUGGAACGGCAGAAACGCUUCACGACACGGUAUUGAAGACGUUGGACAAGCACGGCCUAUCGAUCAAGAACUGUCUCGGACUCUGCACCGAUGGUGCAAAUGCCAUGUGCGGCAAACACAAUUCUCUGUUCAGUCGUCUUAGUGAGGACAACAAAGACUUGAUUCUGAUCAAAUGCUCUUGCCACAGCCUGGACCUUGUGGCAUCCAAGUCGAUGGAGGCGAUUCCUUCUGCGGUUGAGCACUUAGUGCGAGAAACCUACAACUACUUUGCACACAGCAGCUGCCGGCAAGAUGCUUAUAAGAGACUGUAUGCCAGUAUGACAGUGGAAGAUGAAAGUGCAAAUCCACCGCCCAAGAUUCUGUCGCUUUCGCAGACGAGAUGGCUUGCUAUUGCAGACUCUAUAGAAAGAAUUUUGGCGCAGUACCAGUCUCUCGAAGAGUUUUUUGAGAAAGCAGAAGAUCGCAGCUACAACGUGCGCAUUUUACGAGAGAUGUAUCGAGACAGAAAAAAUUAUGUUUACCUCGUGUUUCUUGCCUCAGUUCUCCGUAACGUUAGGCGAGUGAACAAAAUGUUCCAAACAAACACAACUCACCCACUGGUUGUCUUCCAAGAGCUAGAAAAUUUGUAUUUGGAAAUUCUUAGGCGGAUUUUGAAUCCAUCAGUUUUGAGGCACAACACAACGGCAAGUCUGCUGUCGCUAGACCUGGCAAAAAUGUAGUCGAUUUUCCUGCAACCAGUAGUAGUGGA